AUGGCGAUUGUAGAUCAAGUGCUCAAGCGCAUUCCGCAUGCUGCUCCACUCGAGCAGAUCUUGGCUGCGCUUGUAGCUGUCGUCGCUUUAUUCUUCUUUAUACUACUAUUAUCCAUAUAUUAUCUCUACGGCUUUGCUGGAUGUUUCACUUUGAUCCUAAUCACACUUAGUUUGGGGCUCCGUUGGGUAUAUUUUAAUGGUGUCGGGGUGAUGGGGUGGCAAAGUGCAUGGCUACGCAACUCGAAUUUGUUGAUCAAGUCCUUAUCUAGUGAUCCGAAGCAUAAAGGAACGCUGAGGGUCGUUUGCAUCUCGGACACACACACCAAGCACCGCCGCAUUCAGAAUUUGCCAGAUGGGGACGUGCUGCUUCACUGUGGUGACUUUACGAACCGUGGCACUCACGAUGAGAUUCGCGAUUUUAACGACUGGUUGGGCACGUUACCACAUCGACAUAAAGUGGUCAUCGCAGGAAAUCAUGAUGUUAGUAUGGAUGCAGUUGAGUACGACCAGCACUGGGACAAAGCGUUUCGUCACAUGGAGUACAACGACCCCAGUCUUUCCAGAGCUUUGCUUACUAAUUGUACGUAUUUGGAAAAUCGUUCAAUUGUGAUAGAAAAAAUUAAAUUUUAUGGGUCUCCCAUGACUCCGCUGAUCUCCGGACGUGCUGGUGCAUUUCAUUUGGCACGAGGCUUUGCAGACCAGCAGCAUUGGAAUAAAGUCCCCGCUAACGUGGAUGUGCUAGUGACCCAUGGACCACCGUAUGGUAUUUUGGAUUUGACGGUCACAGGACAUCAUGUUGGUAGUGAAACUUUGUUAAGGGAAACAUUGUCAAGAAUUCGACCCCGUUACCAUGUUUUUGGACACAUUCAUGAAGCGUAUGGAGCCACACGUGUGGGAAAUACCGUUUUUGUGAACGCGGCGACUAGUACACUGCUGACGAAGCCUUAUCAUGCACCCAUUGUGCUCGAUAUUCCAAUACCAUGCUGA